AUGGACCAGGAAAGCCUUGAUCUGAUCAUCGAGCUUCAAUUGCAAGAUGCCCAGAGCAUGAUCAAGGGCAAGUAUCGCGAGGGCGAGGCCCCUGAUUUCGAGUUCGCGCUCGAAUGCUUUAACGCAGAGCUCCAGUCGUUUCACACCUUGCUUCAUGACCAAGCAUUGACUCGUAGUGUGGCCCGCGCGGUCGUCAGUGAUGCCGACAUCAUCAGGGAACUUGUCAACCAAGAGGACCAGGCCAGACGCGAUAGGGAGCUUGCCCUCAGUGGCUUCGGUUCAGACGACUUCAAUCAACGUGGAUUUCCCCCCGAUGAUUUCCCUCAAAAUGGGGAGUCGUCAGGAACCAUGUCUGAUGAGAUGACUAGCAAACUCAUCGUCUUGUUCAAUGGCGGCGAUGAGGCCUUGACGGUUGCCGAGUCGUCGAGAAAGGGAGGACAGGAGCGAGCAGUGGCCAGAGCCAGCAAACGGCGUCGCUGCCUUGUCUGCACCGACGAGUUCCCCUUCGCGGAGACGCUGCGAUGCCCUUGCUCUCACGACUAUUGCCGAGAAUGCCUGUCAAACUACGUCAAAAAGGCAAUCGACGACGAGUCCAUGUUUCCUCCUCAGUGUUGCAACAAGCCUAUCCCCCUCACCGGCGUCAACCAGAUUUUCCUAUCGCCAGACAUCCUUGGCAAGUAUCGUGCCAAGGAGCUCGAGUACAAUUCCGAAAAGAGGGAGUAUUGUCACGUCCCAACUUGCUCGACGUUUAUUCCCAAGCAGUUCAUUAAAGACGAAGUCGGCACAUGUGUUAAAUGCGGGAAAAAGACGUGCGUCAUCUGCAAAGGCGCGUCACAUACAGGAGAUUGUCCCAAAGAUACGGCAACGGCCGACUUGCUUCGCGUGGCGGGAGAUCGUGGCUGGAGACGAUGCUAUAAAUGCCGUCGCGUCGUGGAACUUGUACACGGUUGCAAUCAUAUAUACUGCGUUUGCAAGGCUGAAUUCUGCUACACCUGCGGGAAACCUUGGCAGACUUGUGGAUGUGAGUUGUGGAGUGAAGAGAUGCUGGUCAGUCGAAACGGUGGGGCCAAUCGAGCUGCCGCUGCACCUGCUCAGCGUGCGGCUCCAGGUUGGGGCCUUUGA